AUGACUACCGGUACUUCUUUGUGCAUCUUAGGUUGCGGUAAUCUUGGCACGGCUAUUCUAGAAUGCCUCCUCAAGCCAUUUGACGGAAAUACCACUUCCGCCGCCCCAAUGAAGCAAAUAACCGCCUGUGUCCGAAGUGAACAAUCCCGACUCCGUCUUUUAGAUCGAUUCAGCACUUAUAAAACCCAGUUAAAUGUAUCAAGCAGCACCGACAAUGUCGAAGUUGUCAAGAACUCAGACUGCAUCAUACUAGCGGUAAAUCCUUCUGACCUCGUCGACACGCUGCGCCAACCGGGUCUAGCAGAUGCUCUCACGGACAAGCUAGUCAUAAGUGUGAUUGCAGGAUGGACGCGCCAGAAGAUCGAAGCAACACUUCUCGAUAACUACGGUUAUAUUAAUGGAAUGCCUAAGUUUUGGGUCGUUCGUACCUUACCGAAUAUUGCAGCUACGGUUGCGCAAUCUAUCACUGCGGUAGAAACUCCGUGUGAAAAUUUGCCCGGCGAGUACUUGGAUCUUACGAAUGCGAUAUUUAAUCGUAUAGGGAAGGUAAUCCAGCUCGAUCCUAAACGCAUCGAUGCUUUUACUGCAGUGGGGGGAUCGACUCCAGCUUUUUUUGCGGUUAUUGCUGAUGCGUUGGUUGAUGCGGCGGUGGCGGUGGGGAUACCGAGAUGCGAGGCGAAUGUUAUUAUUGCGCAGUCAAUGCUGGGCUCGGCUACACUGCUGCAGAAUGGACUGAGCCCGGGUGAUCUGAGGGAUCAGGGGACUUCGCCCGCAGGGUGUACGAUUGCGGGGUUGAUGGUGCUGGAGGAGACGGGGGUGAGGGGGGGGUUGAGUCGAGCUUUGAGGGAGGCGGUGAGAGCUGCGAGUUUGUUGGGUGUGAAUCAAUAG